ACAUGGAAAUGUUAUCGGUCUGCCUGCGGUUCGAUUUCAUAACCUCGUUGGCUCUGCUGGUAGUACUUUAUUUACUUAAUUAGUCUUGUAUUAAAUUUGUAGACCGGCAAAAAUGUUGACGCUGCGACGUGGAGAGCAGCUACGUGCGCGUCUGAAUGCCGCUUGCCGCCGCUAUCUGUCCGUUAAAGCGGAGCCCAAAGCGGUAGUAGUGGCUGAUGCUGAAUACACUGCAGAGCCAGAGUAUCCCAUCAUAAGGGAUCUCUCAUACAAGAGCCGCAAGCAGCACACGGCAAGCGAAUGGCACGAGCAGAUACGCCAGCUUCCUACCGUUGAGGAAAAAAUGAUCAAAGUGAAUAUGCCGCGCUACUACGGCUACAAGGUGGUGGAUUUGAACGAUACCAAAGUGCCUUACAAUGCCUUGCCGCUGACGCAACACUACACGCGCACUGUGCUGGAGGAGUUGCCUACGCAUCAAGACAAGCCUGAUGGCACGAAGGAUAGCUUGGAGGCGACUUUGCAGAUGGCGCGUGCCGAUAUUAUUGAGGCAUUGGAAUAUGCGCACGAUGUCUACAAGCAUCAACUGUCAUUGCUAGAAACACCUCCCGAUGCCGUCACACGCGAACAGCAGCUUACGCAAAUUAUUGUUGAGCUGGUUAACCGGUCGGCACUACAGGUGCUCAGUGCUGAUUAUGCUCAUCUGAACGAAGUUGAAAUUGACUACAAUCCGCGUCAUGAGGCCUUCUGGGUAGUCGGUGGCGUUGAUCCGCCAAAGAAUGUGGUCAAAUCGAAAGAGGGCCGCAAAUGGCAGAAGGAAGAUGCGCACGACAGUGUUGAUCGCCCGGUGCAAUAUACAGGCGAACCGUACCUGGCGCUGCGCCACCGCCAUCAGCUGCCCACAUGGAAGUCUCCAGAGGAGAGCGAAAAUUUGACGCUGGCCCAGCAACUGCCGCGUUUCAAGCUUGACGCACGCUCCUUGGGCUACAGCGUGAAAUAUCAGCACGCCGUUAAUGUACCCGGCUAUUGGCCCAGCGCUAAUGCGCCCAACUUUGGAAUGCUUUCGUUUCAGUCGCGCGCCCAUCUACAGCUGCGGCCCACUGCCUGUGGCGAACGCGACAACGUGGAGGCGCUGCAUGCGCUGGCCAUUCAAUCAUCCUAUGCCUGGCUGCUGGCUCAGGCUAACUACCAUGGCUUCAAUACCUUCAACGAGCUCACCUACCCGUUAAACACACAGACUGUGAUCACCAACGGGCGUGAAUGGAGUUUCUACGAGUAUCAGUUGAACACGCUGCUAAUUAAUGGCCAGCAUGUGGAUACAAAUGCGCGGGUUAACUUCUGUCGGGGCACAGCACCACAGCCGUUAUAUGCUGAGAUUUCGAGCGAGGGAAAAUGCGUGGACUUCAACGAUAACACGCUGCGGCAGCUGCUCGAGCUGUAUAUCAGAGCGCCGAGCAUUCAGCGCACUGCGGACGAGCUGUUACCGUAUGUGGGCGGUGCAACUCUGCGUCGCGCCGCCGACUAUGAGAAUGUGGAGCAACGCGAAUUUCUUGAGCGUACAUUCAAGCAUUUGGCAUCGAAACGGCCGAGGCACUUGGAGCUACCCGAGAUCUAUAUGUGGGAGAAGCUAUACAAGAUUGACAACAAGACGCGGCCAAUGGAGGCGCGUCGUCGCUACUUCGAACGGGACAUCAAUCCCUGGCGCCGCACGCUCGAUCAGCACGACAAGGAGUAUGUGUCGAAGGCGGAGCGGCCCGGCGGUCGCAAGAAUCGCGAGGGUCGCUACAAGAAGACCUACUAUCCCUAAGCACCUUUAAUUUUAGUGUUAAUAAAAACCAUUUGUUUUGUUUGAAAUGCGUGAAAUACUAAAUAUAUCUAUAUUGUACAAUAAGUCGAG